CUGCUGCUGCUGCUGCUGCUGCUGCUGCCUCCGCUCUUGCUGCCGCCGCCGCCCGCGGACGCCCGGCUCGCCGCCGCCGCCGACCCCCCAGGCGGGCCCUUGGGGCACGGAGCGGAGCGCAUCCUGGCGGUGCCGGUGCGCACUGACGCCCAGGGCCGCUUGGUGUCCCACGUGGUGUCGGCGGCGUCGGCCCAGACCCGGGUACGAGCCCGCAGGGCCGCCCCUGUCCAGACCCCGGGCUUACCUGGAGACAAUGAGGAGAAUCCCGGCGGCCGCCUCUUCUACAAUGUCACGGUCUUCGGCCGAGACCUGCACCUGCGGCUGCGGCCCAACGCCCGCCUCGUGGCGCCCGGCGCCACCGUGGAGUGGCAAAGCGAGUCGGGCGCCACCCGCGUGGAGCCCCUGCUUGGGACCUGCCUCUACGUCGGAGACGUGGCGGGCCUGGCUGAAGCCUCCUCCGUGGCGCUCAGCAACUGCGACGGGCUGGCUGGCCUGAUCCGUAUGGAGGAGGAGGAGUUCUUCAUCGAGCCCCUGGAGAAGGGGCUGGCGGCCAAGGAGGCUGAGCAGGGCCGUGUGCACGUGGUGUAUCGCCGGCCACCCACCCCGAGGCCCCCUCCUCUGGGAGGGCCACAGGCCCUGGACACAGGGGCCCCGCCGGGCAGCCUGGAUAACCUCAGCCGCGCCCUGGGUGUCCUGGAGGAGCGUGUCAAUGGCUCAAGGAGCAGGGCGCGACGGCAUGCCACCGACGGCGACUACAACAUCGAGGUCCUGCUGGGCGUGGACGACUCUGUGGUCCAGUUCCACGGAAAGGAGCACGUGCAGAAGUACCUGCUCACGCUCAUGAACAUUGUCAACGAAAUCUAUCAUGACGAGUCCUUGGGGGCCCACAUCAAUGUCGUCCUGGUGCGGAUAAUCCUGCUGAGCUACGGGAAGUCCAUGAGCCUCAUUGAGAUCGGGAACCCCUCUCAGAGCCUGGAGAAUGUCUGCCGCUGGGCUUACCUCCAGCAGAAGCCAGACACAGGUCACGACGAGUACCACGAUCACGCCAUCUUCCUCACGCGGCAAGACUUCGGGCCUUCGGGCAUGCAAGGCUAUGCUCCUGUCACUGGGAUGUGCCACCCCGUCCGCAGCUGCACUCUGAACCACGAGGAUGGCUUCUCCUCAGCAUUCGUGGUGGCCCACGAGACUGGCCACGUGCUGGGCAUGGAGCAUGACGGGCAGGGCAACCGCUGUGGCGACGAGGUGCGGCUGGGCAGCAUCAUGGCGCCCUUGGUGCAGGCCGCCUUCCACCGCUUCCACUGGUCCCGCUGCAGCCAGCAGGAGCUGAGCCGCUACCUGCACUCCUAUGACUGCCUGCGGGACGACCCCUUUGCCCAUGACUGGCCAGCGCUGCCCCAGCUCCCGGGGCUGCACUACUCCAUGAACGAGCAGUGCCGCUUCGACUUCGGCCUGGGCUACAUGAUGUGCACGGCGUUCCGGACCUUCGACCCGUGCAAGCAGCUGUGGUGCAGCCACCCUGACAACCCCUACUUUUGCAAGACCAAGAAGGGGCCCCCCCUGGACGGGACCAUGUGUGCACCAGGCAAGCACUGCUUCAAAGGACACUGCAUCUGGCUGACGCCUGACAUCCUCAAACGGGAUGGCAACUGGGGUGCCUGGAGUCCGUUCGGCUCCUGCUCGCGCACCUGCGGCACAGGCGUGAAGUUCAGGACCCGCCAGUGUGACAACCCACACCCGGCCAACGGGGGCCGCACCUGCUCAGGCCUUGGCUACGAUUUCCAGCUCUGCAACUCCCAGGACUGCCCUGACCCCCUGGCUGACUUCCGCGAGGAGCAGUGCCGGCAGUGGGACCUGUACUUUGAGCACGGCGACGCCCAACACCACUGGCUGCCCCACGAGCACCGGGACGCCAAGGAGAGGUGCCACCUCUACUGCGAGUCCAAGGAGACCGGGGAGGUGGUGUCCAUGAAGCGAAUGGUGCACGAUGGGACGCAGGAAACAGAUGGCAGGGCCCUGAGGCAUAGAUCAGGCCAGGGCUCACAUGGAGAGGGCUCACAUGGAGAGUACACACUACACCCUGUUCCCCUGCAGAAGGUGGGCUGUGAUGGAGUGAUCAGCUCCAGCAAGCAGGAGGACAAGUGCGGCGUGUGUGGAGGGGACAACACCCACUGUAAAGUGGUCAAGGGCACAUUCACACGCUCCCCCAAGAAGCUCGGUUACAUCAAGAUGUUUGAGAUCCCAGCAGGAGCCAGACACCUGCUCAUCCAGGAGGCAGACAGCACCAGCCACCACCUGGCCGUCAAGAACCUGGAGACAGGCAAGUUCAUUUUAAAUGAAGAGAAUGACAUGGAUCCCAAUUCCAAAUCCUUCAUUGCGAUGGGUGUGGAGUGGGAGUACCGGGAUGAGGACGGCCGGGAGACGCUGCAGACCAUGGGCCCACUUCACGGAACCAUCACCGUGCUGGUCAUCCCACAGGGAGAAGCCCGGAUCUCGCUGACAUACAAGUACAUGAUCCACGAGGACUCACUCAACGUGGAUGGCAACAACGUCCUGGAGGACGACACUGUGAGCUACGAGUGGGCCCUCAAGAAGUGGACUCCGUGCUCCAAGCCCUGCGGUGGAGGCUCCCAGUUCACCAAGUAUGGCUGCCGCCGGAGGCUGGACCACAAGAUGGUACACCGAGGCUUCUGCGACGCCCUCACAAAACCCAAAGCCAUCCGCCGAGCUUGCAACCCACAGGAGUGCUCCCAGCCAGUGUGGGUCACAGGUGAAUGGGAGCCUUGCAGUCAGAGCUGCGGGCGGACAGGCACACAGGCUCGUCCUGUGCGCUGCGUACAGCCUCUGCACAACAACACCACCCGCUCCGUGCACACCAAGCAUUGCAACGACGCCCGGCCCGAGGGCCGCCGCGCCUGCAACCGUGAGCUCUGCCCCGGGCGGUGGCGGGCUGGACCCUGGUCCCAGUGCUCGGUGACUUGUGGCAAUGGCACCCAGGAGCGGCCCGUGCUCUGCCGAACCGCUGAUGACAACUUCGGGAUCUGCCGUGAGGAGCGGCCUGAGACAGCCAGGAUCUGCAGGCUGGGCUCCUGUCCCCGAAACAUCUCCGAUCCUUCCAAGAAGAGCUACGUGGUUCAGUGGCUGUCCCGACCGGACCCCGACUCUCCUGUCCAGAAGACCUCGUCAAAGGGCCGCUGCCAAGGCGACAAGUCAAUGUUCUGUAGGAUGGAAGUCUUGUCUCGCUAUUGCUCCAUCCCAGGCUACCAAAAGCUGUGCUGCAAGUCUUGUAACCUGCACGACAACCUCACCGAGGUGGACGAUGGGGCCGAGCCGCCACCCGGGAAGCUCAAUGACAUUGAAGAGCUUGUGCCCACCCUCCCAGUGCCCACCCUCAUCAUGGAGGUGCAGCCUGCACCGGGCACACCCCCGCGGGUGCCCCUCAAUGCCUCCAGCACCAAUGGCACCGAGGAUCACCCGGACACCAACGCGGUCGACGUGCCCUACAAAAUCAGCGGCCUGGACGAGGAGGUCCAGCCGCCCAACCUGAUCCCUCGACGACCGAGCCCAUACGAGAAGACCAGAAACCAGAGAAUCCAAGAGCUCAUUGAUGAGAUGAGGAAGAGAGAGAUGCUCGGGAAGUUCUAAUAAAAUGGAAAGAUAGCGUCCAUAGCAUUUUCCCCCCUUGCUUAUAGAUAUAUUCCAUGGGAUGGCAAAUCGUGGAGAUGAAGGAAAUAUUUCUGAUUCCAAAAGGGUUUUGAGAAAACAGAGAGGGAGAAUGACAUAAACAUCUAUGCAUAUGGUUGUGAGCAUAUGGCAGCCCGCUCCACACGUGUUUGUUCCCCGGCCCCGGAAUGUUCUAAGCCCUGUGCUGGGACCGGGUGUGGGAUGGAGAGGAAUACAGAGGCUCUAUGAGCGCCAUCAGUGGGGGCGGUCGGGAGGCUAACUCGGAGAGAGGAGACACGUGUUCCCAAGUUCCUGAGCAGUGAUUGGGCAUCUUCCUUUCCUUGGUGAUGACCAACCCUUCUGGAGCCGUGGGACAUUUCCUACCCUCCCCAGACCGAGGGAGCUCUGUGGGGACUCCUAGGAUAAAGUGAUUUGCUAAUCGACCCAUCACUAAAAUGUGCACAAUGAAGUGGAGGCCAUGAACUUGAAUGCCAAUGACUUCCAAGGCAGGCAGGUGGUGAGGAUAAGCACGGUCACCCGUUGGGAACCACGACCAACCUGGGAGGCGCACUCCGCUAACGCUGCUUGCAGGCUCCAGCCAUUGCUGCCUCUGGGGGAGCUGGCCCCCAAUGCCAGAUAAUGUGCUUUCAGUAGAAGUCUAGCUUUGCGUGCGAAAAUCCUCAGUCCUUAAACUUCAACUCAGAAUAUGUCAGGGGGGUCUGGAAGGUCUGUUAGGGUCUAGAGCCGCCAGGCUGCAGCCUCUGGUCUCCAGGCCUGGCUGGAUGAAGCCUCUCGGAGGAAGGACUUCAGAAAAGUCACCUGGCCCGUUUGGUGCUCAUGCCCGGUAUUCGCCUCAGCCCAGACUUAGCUGUGAAGCUGUCCGCUCCUUCCCGGGAAGGUACUAGGACUUUGUAGAUCUAAACAGCGGGCCACGUUUUCUCCACGAGAAGACGGUGGGGUGCGCUACAGCCUCUCUCAGGCCUCUCUCGUCUCCGUGAACCCUGGCCUGCAUGCAAGGCCCAUGACUCUCCCAGAGGGGUGGGAGGGGGUGCCACUGUGGUGGCCAUGCUCGGGGUUCUGAGAUGGGGCUCUGCGGGCUCAGGUUGGCUCCUGAAGACCAGCUUUGCUUGUGGGGGUGGCCUUGCCCUGUCUAGCCCUAUGGAGCCUCCUUCUGUGCCUUGGAAGUCCCCGCAGGGACCUGUGAGAUCAGGGAAGCACAGGGUGGGAGGUGGGGAGAACCUGCUUUAUCUUUGUCUGUUCCCAAACUUUUACAACUUCUGUUUUUGGCAGAAUGGUGCUUUGUGAGCAAGAUGUGAACGAGAGAGAAACAGGAAGGGAGUGGGGGUGGACGGGAGGACGGUGGCUAAUUUUUACCCCUCCCUGCAUGGAUAUUUUGUGAACUGUAGCCUCAGCAUCCCCAAAUUAUAAGAUCCAGGGCCCUUGAGCUGCUCCUCACACAUAAUUCUUAAGCUUUCCUUGCCUAGGAAAGUUCUAGAGCCUUUGUAUUCUCACCAGUCGUAGAUUUUAGAGAAAGCGCUCUCUAAAAUUCCCCAUUCUAUGGAUGGGAACACCGAGGUUCAGGAUAAUACCAUGAUGGCUACUUUACACUGAGUCUGAGGUGCUAAGUAUGUUUGUCUGAUCUGUGUGUGUGUGUGUGGGGGGUGUCUGUGUGUGAUCUAAGGGACAAGGACAGGAACCAGUGAGAACGCUAUCUGGCAUGAUGCUUAACCUUCCCACUGGGUGAUAACUAACUGCCUCUCACCCCCACCGGGUCCGGCGGCCUCCCUCCCCUCUGUCACCGCGUCCCACACAUACUCACACGUAUCCUGGUGUCUCAAGGGAGCUUGCUGCCUCUUAGAAGCAAACUGGAGAAAACAUUUUUUGGAUAUCUCUCAUAGUAUCACUUCUUUAACAGAUGUGAUCUACAGCACUUUGCACUCCUGUCUCUCUCUGAUCAGGAAAUGGAUGCCUCGCCUUUCCCCUGCUGGUUGAACCCAUGGCCACUGGUGCUAUUCACGGGCUGAAGGACUGGGCAGUUCUUGCGUGGGUCUGUCUUGGAAUGCAGAGGAAGCUCAGGGUGACUGACCCUAACCAGAGAGUAUUACUCGGUUUACUCAGCCUGGGGGGCUCAGGAUGGGAACACUCCAUUCCCAGAUCCCGGCAGAGCAGGGCUACAUGUCUUGGGGCUGGAAGGCUUCAGGAAGAGGCUCCAGGUAGGACAUACCCAGGGUUACCUGUCUUCUUCUGGAAGGAGAGAGACACCCUCUGGGAACUGUAGGCCGGCAUGGCCACCAUCCCAUAGGCCAUCAUAUUCAGUGCCUGGGGAUAUAUAUACCCUCUGAGUUCUCUAGAACUGGAUGGUCCUCCAAGGUCUCUCUGUCUAAGGAACACAGGGUUUAGCAGACUCUGAGAGACUCCUAAUCCCCGCUGAGCUCGGGACCGGUGGGAGAGCCAGCUUAGCAACAGUCCUGAACUUCCAGAGCUGGCGUCCGUGUCUGGAGGCCCCUGCAGCCUGAAGGCCAAGGAGGGUUUCUAGCUGAGGCUGUGGAACACUGUAGAGAGACUGAGUUCUCUGUCCGCGGCUCCAGAAAGUUGCGUUUGUGGGGAGACUUCUGCUGGGGUUGGGGACUAGGCUCUCUGAUCUGCUCCUUUGGAAAACCCAUGGAAUUUCCCGUAUAAGCCCUCUGUCUGUAUUUUAAGAUUGGUGGUUUGUUUGGCGUCUAUAAAUGGUGCUCAGUAGCACUCCUUCUAGAUGAAGCGGGAGGACUCUAUCCCCAAACGCCAGGCAACCGCCACAGGAAUCAUCAUGGUGCUGAACUCAAAUCACAGCGUUUAUCUUACUGAUCACAGCCAUCAACACAUUUGUUUUCUGUAUAGAAAAAAUUGGCUUCUUGGUUUUAUAACUUAUUAAAGUCAAAAUGUCUGUGUUUUUGCACAUCA